GUAAAAGUAAACAUACAUAUUCAGCAAAGAUUUUCUUUACUUUGUAAAACUGUCUUACGUGUGGAAACUCGACACUGCUGCAAGGCAAAGCUAUCACCAGAAGUUCAAUGCAAUGAGGAAUUUCCAACCGUACAACAUAGUGCGCGCAUGACGACACCGCCGCCUGGGAUGUCAGACGCCGGCGAGGCAGCGCCAGCAGGGGGCGCCCUGAAGGUACUGCGCGUGUCGCAGCUGGACGCGUCGCAGCUGGACGGAGACCUGCUGGAGCUGCUGCGUGAACAAUGCGCGCUCGCGCUCAAGUACUGCCACCACCCGGGCGCCGUCGCCUCCCUCCGCCCCGAGCUUGACGCCCUGCUGCGCCUCCUGGUGUGGAGAUUCUCGCUGUACGCGCACGGCGCCACCGUCGGCCAGGACCUGCUCGACGUCCGUUACGUUGACGCCCGCUCCGGCGCACCGAUCGCGCGCAUGCAGAUGUUCGCCUACGCCGCCGUCGUCGUCGGAUGUGGUUACCUCGGCGACCGCCUCGACGACCUCCUCCGGAUGCUGCCGGCGUCGGUGCCGCGCGGAACCGUCGCUAGGUUUGCGCGCCGGGCCGAGGCGGCGGCGAGGGCAGCCGCACUGCUCAACUUCUUCAUGUUUCUGCGCCACGGCGAUUACCAGCUUCUCCUAGAGAGGGCGCUGGGGUUGCAGGCACAGUUCCGGCGGCCGCAGGAGGCGCGCACGCCGAGCUUCAAGUUCACGAACCGCGAGAUCCUCUGGAACGGCUUCUCGGAGUUCCUGCUGUUCCUGUUGCCGUUCGUGAACUUCCGCCGGCUGCGAAACUCGUUCCGGAGGAUGCUCGCGCGCAACACGGCGCCCCCUGGCAGCGCGCGCGUCAUCCCAACGGAACUCGGCCAGUGCGCGGUGUGCGAGCUUCCGCCGUGCGUGCCACACGGCAUUGGCUGCCGCCAUGUGUUCUGUUACUACUGCAUUGUGGGCAAUGUCAUGGCGGAUGCGUCGUUUGCGUGUCCUCGUUGUGGCGUGAGGGUCGAGGGACGUGAAUCUGUGAACCCGGUCAUACUGUGGGAGAGGUAGCCAUGCUGUGAUGUGUAUAAAUAGACUGUGAUUCUUUCUUAAGCAACGAGCUAAUUGUGAUAAUGUAUGAUACAAUAUAAUAAUGCAAUACACUUUCAAGUGGACAACGUUAAUUUAAAUCUGUGUUGUGAGAUCGCAAUAUAAAACAGUAUUCUGUAAUAAAAUUUCACACUCGAAAUUGGGAGGUGCAAUGUUGUAGCACUUUUGCCCAAAAUCUUUUUACAAAUAAAUUGAAGAAUAA